AUGGAGGCCACGCAAAUGAGCGGAGGUAUGUUGGUGCUAUGCUUGGCUCUCGCAUUAGCAUUAACCACUACCACCGCACUAACCAUUCCCAACACCUCCUAUCCUCAUCAUGUCUCUCCUUUAUACAGCCAUCCCAUGGAUGGAGCGUUUUCUGUACUUGUGAAACAACGUAUGCUACUCGACCAAGCGGAUGAAGAUGCUUUUGAAAAGAGGGACGUGGAAGCCCUACUCUCUUUCAGAAAUUCCAUUACAGCCGACCCCAUGCAGUCCCUUUCCAACUGGACUACUACCAAUUCACGAAAUGUGUGUUCGUGGUAUGGCAUUUGGUGCAGAAAGGUUACACGCAGAGUGGUUGCAGUCAUUCUCCCUCAAUUGGGAUUGGAAGGUACCAUUUCUCCUUUCAUAGGGAACCUAUCUUUGCUAGCUAAUUUGAAUCUCUCAGGCAAUUCUUUGAUGGGAAGGAUUCCACCUCAGCUUGGCCAACUGAAGGCAUUGAGAGUUCUCGACCUCAAGGAAAAUCAUCUGAUGGGUUCAAUCCCUACAUCCCUUGCUAAUUGCACACACCUUCAGUGGAUUAGACUGUCCAAGAACAACCUGACGGGGAGCAUAGCGGAAGAAUUUGGUGGCCUGAUCAACUUACAACAUCUACGCUUGUCCUACAAUGGUCUCGGUGGAAGCAUUCCAAAUUCUCUGGGGAAGUGCAUUUCCCUCCUUGAUUUGUUCCUUGGCAAUAACCAUCUCUCAGGUAGUAUACCUCCUCUAAGUAAUUGCUCUGAUUUAUCUAUCAUUGAUCUUCCGCACAAUUUCUUGACUGGUGGGAUCCCGUCUGAACUGGGGAGGUUGGAGAAAUUGCAAAGCCUUGGUCUGCACUCUAACAGGUUGAGGUCUCAAAUCCCUGCAACUCUGGGUAAUUGUUCUUCACUUGAGGUACUGUUUCUGGGGGAUAACUUGCUGACUGGGAAUAUACCACCUGAGCUAGGAAAUUUGAAACAGCUUGUCCAAUUAUCGUUGUAUGGCCCAGGCAAUCUUACAGGUUCUAUACCUGCAGAAAUAGGAAACUGUAGCAAUCUUGUGUGGCUUGAUGUUGGAUCUAACUACCUAAUGAACGGAUCCCUGCCUCUGAGUAUCUUCAAGCUACUCCUCACCACUCUUUCCUUAGUUAAGAACAAUUUUGGAGGGAGAAUUCCAGAAUUUAUUUCCAAUCUCACCCAGUUAACUUACUUAGAUUUGGCCAUAAACAAGUACACGGGACCGAUUCCCAAUGGCAUUGGAAAUUUGUCAGAGUUAACCUACCUAGAUCUGGGGGGAAAUAGUUUAACAGGCACCUUGAAACACUUUACUAGAUUAACCAAGCUUGGAUCACUUUACUUGGGCCCUAACAAUUUUACAGGGAUAGUUCCCGAGGCUAUAGGAAACCUCCAACAUUUGAAAUCCCUUGCUUUGUAUACAAACAUUUUCACAGGCGUGAUUCCGGAGUCCAUUGGAAAGCUCCAAUCUUUAGAAAACCUGUAUCUAUUUUCUAACAAUUUCACUGGUCCUAUGCCAGAUAGUUUUGGUAAACUCAUAAAUCUUAAGCAGCUGUUCCUCUCAAGCAGUAACAUUUCCGGGAAUAUUCCGGAAUCUAUCAGUGGUUUGAUCUCGCUGGAGGUGUUGGAUUUGUCAGAUAACAACUUGGAUGGAAAUAUUCCUGAGGCUAUCACCAAUUGCACUGCACUCAAGCGCUUAAUUUUGUCCCAAAAUAAGCUGAGUGGAAAGAUUCCACCCUCUAUUGACAGAUGCAACUUGAUGACAGAGUUGAUACUAUCCAGUAACUUUUUGUCAGGUAAAAUUCCCCCCACACUUAGCAACUGGACAUCUUUGAAAAGGUUGAAGUUGUCGGACAAUUUCCUCCAUGGAAAUUUAGAUAUGAUUUAUUCUUCUUCUAUGGAAGUGCUGUCUGCGCAUUCCAAUAAGUUUUCGGGUACUCUUCCUGCAUCCUUGGCCAACUGUAAGGAGCUUCAGCUUUUGGAUUUCAGAAGGAAUCAUUUGAAAGGUGAGCUUCCUUGUUACUUGGCGAAUUUCCAGAAAUUGAGGGUUUUGAGCCUGGGGUACAAUGAGUUUCAUGGUAUUCUUCCCGCAUGGAUGGUAAACCUCACCAAUUUGCAGGUGCUGGAUUUAUCAAACAAUAAAUUUGAUGGACGCAUACCCUCUAAUCUUGAGAAUCUCAAGGGGUUUGGAGUCCUGGGAGAUCCGCAGCUGAGUGGAAAGACAUUAUAUGAGGAAAUACCCAUGGUAAUCAAGGGAAAUGAGUACAGGGUGGAAUAUGUACUGACUUCAAACACCGUACUUGACUUAUCAAGUAACAAUCUCAGCGGGCAGAUACCAGAAAGCAUAGGGAAUUUGAGCAGUCUGAGAUUACUAAAUCUCUCUGGAAAUUAUUUGGAAGGUGUGAUACCAGCUUCUCUUGGGCAGAUAUGGACACUGGAUCUUUGUGGACAGAUACCCAAAGGAACGCAGCUAGAGACUUUCACUGCCAGGUCAUUCAAGAAAAAUCUAUGUUUAUGCGGGGGCCCUCUACAGAGUUGCAGCCCAAAAAACAAUGCUUCUGUAGUCCCAUCACCUUUAGCGAAGGCCAAAUCAAUAUGGACUAGAUUUGAUGAAAAUGUGUCCAUGAUUGCUGUGGGGUUGGGUUUCGGGAUUUCAUUUGGUGGAACAAUGGCAGUGAUAAUAUGGUGGGACAGACUUUGUCUUUGCAGGAGGCUCCUCAAAAUCAGAGGCUUUCAUGGAGUUGUGGAAUCCAAAACGUGUAGUUGGAGUUUGGACUACAAUCCGCGUUUUACAUUUCACUCACCCACAUCGACAUCCAAAUCCACUGGCUAG